CCCAGCCCCGGGCGGGGCGCGGGGCCGCCGAAGCCGCGGAACGUGGGCUCGCGCCCCGCCUUUGUCUCCCGGGUGCUAGCCGCCGCAGCCCCGCGCCCGCUGCUCGCUGCCGGAGCCGCUUUGUGCCGCGGCGCGGGGGACCGGGGCGUGGAGCCGGCGGGCGCAGCCUCAGCAUGGACGUGACCGUUUCGGAGCUCAUGGAGCUCUUCCUGCAGAGCCCGCUGGUGACCUGGGUGAAAACUUUUGGCUCAUUCGGAAGCGGCAACCAGGACAACCUGACAAUGUACAUGGAUUUAGCAGACGGCAUCUUUUUGAACCAAAUCAUGUUACAAAUAGACCCCAGGCCAUCAAAUCAGCGCAUCAACAAGCACGUGAACAACGACGUGAACCUCCGCAUUCAGAACUUGACCAUCUUGGUGAGAAACAUUAAGACCUACUACCAGGAAGUUCUCCAGCAGCUGAUCGUAAUGAACUUGCCCAACGUCUUGAUGAUUGGCAAAGACCCGCUGUCUGGGAAGAGCAUGGAAGAAAUAAAGAAGCUCCUGCUGCUGGUGCUGGGCUGUGCCGUCCAGUGUGAGAGGAAAGAGGAAUUUAUCGAAAGAAUCAAACAGCUGGACAUUGAGACCCAAGCCGGGAUCGUGGCCCAUAUACAGGAGGUGACCCACAACCAGGAGAACGUGUUUGACCUGCAGUGGCUGGAGCUCCCGGACGUGGCCCCGGAGGAGCUGGAGGCCCUCUCGAGGAACAUGGUGUUCCAUCUCAGGAGGCUCAUUGAUGAGCGAGACGAGUGCACGGAGCUGAUCGUGGACCUGACCCAGGAGCGGGACUACUUGCAGACGCAGCAGCCGCCCAGCCCGCUCAAGUCCUCCAGCGCCGAGUCCACGCCCAGCCCCACCAGCAGCCUCUCCAGCGAGGACAGGCAGCACCUGGCCGUGGAGCUGGCCGACACCAAGGCCCGGCUGCGCCGUGUCAGGCAGGAGCUGGAGGAGAAGACGGAGCAGCUCGUGGACACCAGGCACGAGGUGGACCAGCUGGUGCUAGAGCUGCAGAAGGUCAAGCAGGAGAACAUCCAGCUGGCGGCUGACGCCCGCUCUGCUCGCGCCUAUCGAGACGAGCUGGACUCGCUGAGGGAGAAGGCGAACCGCGUGGAGAGGCUAGAGAUGGAGCUGGUGCGCUGCAAGGAGAAGCUGCACGACGUGGACUUCUACAAGGCCCGCAUGGAGGAGCUGAGAGAAGACAACAUCAUUUUAAUCGAGACCAAGGCCAUGCUGGAGGAGCAGCUGAGCGCGGCCCGGGCCCGGGGCGAUAAAGUUCACGAGCUGGAGAAAGAGAACCUGCAGCUGAAGUCCAAGCUCCACGACCUGGAACUGGACCGGGACACGGACAAGAAGCGAAUCGAGGAGCUGCUGGAGGAAAACAUGGUGCUCGAGAUAGCCCAGAAGCAGAGCAUGAACGAAUCGGCCCACCUCGGCUGGGAGCUGGAGCAGCUGUCCAAGAACGCAGACCUGUCCGACGCCUCCAGGAAGUCGUUCGUGUUCGAGCUGAACGAGUGUGCCUCCAGCCGCAUCCUGAAGCUAGAGAAGGAGAACCAGGGCCUCCAGAGCACCAUCCAGGGGCUGCGGGAUGCAUCCCUGGCAUUGGAGGAGAGCAGCCUGAAGUGCGGGGAGCUGGAGAAGGAGAACCACCAGCUCAGCAAGAAGAUUGAGAAGUUACAGACCCAGCUGGAGAGAGAGAAGCAGAGCAACCAGGAUUUGGAGACCCUCAGCGAGGAGCUGAUCAAAGAGAAGGAACAGCUGCAGAGUGACAUGGAGAGCCUGAAGGCUGACAGAGCCCGGCAGAUCAAGGAUCUCGAGCAAGAGAAGGAUCAUCUCAACCAGGCGGUGUGGUCACUGCGGGAGAGGUCGCAGGUCAGCAGCGAGGCCCGCGCGAAGGACAUCGAAAAGGAGAACAAAGCCCUCCACCAGACGGUGACGGAGACCAGCAGCAGACUCAGCAAGUUGGAGUUCGAGAAGCAGCAGCUGCACAAGGACUUCGAGCAGGUGAAGGAGAAGGUGGAGCGGGUGGAGGAGCUGGAGAAGGAGCUGCACCGGCUGGAGAAGGAGAACGAGAAGCUGGCCAAGAAGGUGGCCUCCCUGAAGACUGCCACCGAGAAGGUCGAUGCCCUGGAGCGCGAGAGUCGGGGCCUGGCGCUAGAGAACCGGAAGCUGAGGAAGUCACUGGACACCCUGCAGAACGUGUCGGUGCAGCUCGAGGGUCUGGAGCGGGACAACAAGCAGCUGGACGAGGAGAACCUGGAGCUGCGCCGGAUGGUGGAGACCAUGCGCUUCACCGGCGCCAAGAUGGCACAGAUCGAGCGGGAGAAUCAGGAGCUCGAGCGGGAAAAGGAGGAACUGAGGAAAAACGUGGAGCUGCUGAAGGCCCUGAGCAAGAAGUCCGAGCGCCUGGAGCUCAGCUACCAGGGCGUGAACGCCGAGAACCUGCGGCUGCAGCAGACGCUGGAGAGCAGCAGCCAGAAGGCCCAGGCCCUGGAGCAAGAGCUCAGGGAGCUGGAGGCCGAAAACCAGGUCCUGCAGCGCGACCUGGAGGCCCUCCGGCUGUCCAACAAGCAGCUGGAGCGGUCGGAGAAGGACAGGAAGGUCCUGGAGCAGGAGGUGGCCCAGCUGGAGAAGGACAAGAAGCUGCUGGAGAAGGAGGCCAAGCGGCUGUGGCAGCAGGUGGAGCUCAAGGACGCCGUCUUAGACGACAGCACCGCCAAGCUGUCCGCCGCCGAGAGGGAGAGCCGCGCCCUGGACAAGGAGCUGGCCCGCUGCAGGGACGCGGCCAGCAAGCUGAAGGAGCUGGAGAGGGACAACAGGGACCUCACCAAGCAAGUCACCAUGCAUACGCGGACGCUGACCACCCUACGAGAGGACCUGGUGCUGGAGAAGCUGAAGAGCCAGCAGCUGACCAGCGAGCUGGACAGACUGAGCCAGGGGCUGGAGAAGGUCGGCCUCCACAAGGAGCUGCUGCUGCAGGACGAGAGCAGCCAUGGUGACACAAAAUUCAGUAUUUUGGAGGGCAGAAAUGAGUCAGCAUUAAAAACAACAUUAACCAUGAAAGAAGAAAAGAUUGUGUUUUUAGAAGCACAGAUGGAAGAGAAAACCAGCCUGAACCACCAGUUACAGAAUGAACUCCAGGUGCUGAAGACAGAGUGUGAGAUCCUCAGGCAGAACCAGGAGGAAGGGAAGCACUUACAGAACUCUUUCAAACACCCUGUGGAGACUUCGGUCACCGGUCAGCAGGGGAAGGAGCCCUGGGGGCCCAGCCACAAGGAGGCCACCAUGGAGCUGCUCCGAGUGAAGGACCGGGCCAUCGAGCUGGAGCGGAAUAACGCGGCUCUGCAGGCUGAGAAGCAGCUGCUCAAGGAACAGCUACAGCACUUGGAGACCCAGAACGUGGCCUUCAGUGCCCAGAUCCUGACGCUGCAGAAGCAGAGCGCUUUCCUGCAGGAGCACAACACCACGCUCCAGACCCAGACGGCCAAGCUUCAGGUGGAGAACUCCACUCUGAGCUCCCAGAGCGCCGCGCUCACGGCCCAGUACACGCUGCUCCAGAACCAGCAUACGGCCAAGGAGAGUGAGAACGAGAACCUGCAGAGGCAGCAGGAGCGGCUGACGGCGGCCUACGACGCCCUGCUGCAGGACCACGAGCACCUGGCCGCGCUCCACGAGCGCCAGUCCUCCGAGUACGAGGCCCUCAUCCGCCAGCACAGCUGCCUCAAGACGCUGCAUCGCAACCUGGAGCUGGAGCACAAGGAGCUCCGCGAGAGGCAGGACGACGUGCUGAAGCAUAAGGCGGAGCUGGACGAGCUGGAGAAGGUUUUGAACAGCGAGAGGGGGGCUCUCCAGCAGGAGCAGAGGACGGGCGCCAUGGCCGUGGGUGAGAACCAGCGGCUGCGCGGCGAGCUGGACAGGGUCAAUUUCCUGCACCGCCAGCUGAAGGGCGAGUACGAGGAGCUGCAGGCCCACACCAAGGAGCUGAAAACCUCCCUGAACAACUCACAGCUGGAGCUGAACUGCUGGCAGGCUCGGUUUGACGAGCUGAAGGAGCAGCACCAGAGCAUGGACAUCUCGCUGACCAAGCUGGACAACCACUGCGAGCUGCUGUCCCGUCUCAAGGGGAACCUGGAGGAGGAAAACCAUCACCUGCUGAGCCAGAUCCAGCUGCUGAGCCAGCAGAACCAGAUGCUGCUAGAGCAGAACAUGGAGAGUAAGGAACAGUACCACGAGGAGCAGAAGCGGUACAUAGACAAAUUAAAUGCCUUACGGAGACAUAAGGAAAAACUGGAAGAAAAAAUCAUGGAUCAGUACAAGUUCUACGAUCCUGCUCCAAAGAAGAAAAACCACUGGAUUGGCGCCAAAGCCUUAGUCAAGCUCAUCAAACCAAAGAAAGAAGGUUCCAGAGAACGAUUGAAGUCAACCGCAGAGAGCCCCCCCUGGCAGAUGGAGUCCCUGGACCCGACCUCCCCAUCUCCUCAGCCCCUCAGAUUGCAGCCGGAGAACCCCGAGGCCACCCUGUCUGGCUCCAGCGGUACGGAAGAGCGGGACACCCUCAACGGGCCUGUGGGUAAAGGCCCUGGGGACCUAAAACCAAAGCAAGGGUCCCCGCACAGAGGCAGCCUUGACCGCACAGACGCCUCCGCUGACCCAGCCAUGAAGCUCUGGCCUUCGGAGCUGAGCUCCCGGACCUGUUCGACCUCAGCCAUCACUACAAUCCCUUCCAGCUCUACCCCCCUCUCCCGGCACCCAGGCCGCACCAAAGGCUAUAAUUCAGAUGACAGCCUCUGUGACCCGUCCCUGGAGCUGGAGUUCAACCACAGGCAGUACGUGUCCCGGCCAGACAGCUUGGAGAGCAGUCGGAAUGCGUCCAGUGACAGCUCGCCUCUUAACCUGAAAGGUUCCUCCGACCAGCUCCACGGCAGGUCUGAGAGCUUCAGCAGCGAAGACCUGAUCCCCAGCAGGGACACGGCCACUCUGCCACGGGAUGCCAGCGCCCUGGGACGCAGCGCCCUCAGCCGCCAUGAGUAUCCCCCACCCCGGAACGGGCCUCUCCCCCAGGACGGCGUCCAGAAGAGAGGUGCCGCCCAGCCCCAUGUGGGGGGGCGGCCCUGCUCUGCCUCCCCAAGCAGUGAGAUGGUCACCCUGGAAGAGUUUCUGGAGGAGAGCAACCGGAGCUCGCCGACCCCCGACACUCCCAGUUGCCGGGAUGACCUGCUAAGUGACUACUUCAGAAAGGCCAGCGAUCUCCCAGCCGUUGGAGGCCAGCCAGGACCACCUACCAGGAAAGAGGGGGCCAAGAUGCCCACCAGCUUCGUGGCCCCUACCAUCAAGAUGGCCGUCAACACCUCCGAGGGGAAGCUGCUGAAGCCCGGGCAGUAUGUGAAGCCAAACUUCAGACCCGCUGAGGCCGAGGCCCUGCCCGGUGCCCCCCCGAGACAGGUCCAGCCUCCCCAGAGCCUGUCUCUGGGCAGACCCCGGCAGGCCGCGACGCCCCCGACGUCCCACACGCCUGCCAGCCGGAGUGCGUCCCUGAGCCGGGCCUUCAGCCUCGCUUCUGCCGACCUUCUCCGGGCCAGCGGGCCGGAGGCUUGCAAACAGGAAGCCCCUCAGAAGCUGGGGGGUCCUGACAGCUCAGGGGGCAGAGAAACAGGCAGCCAUGUUGUGCAAAGCCCCACACCCCCCAGCUCCCACAGCCUGGCCCGGGAGCGGACCCCACUUGUGGGAAAGACUGGAGGCUCUGGUCAGAGCCCAGCCCCCCGCAGCCGGCCCCCGGACACGAGGCGCUUCUCCCUGGCUCCCCCAAAGGAGGAGAGGCUGGUCCCCCUGCAGCAGUCCGCCACAGCCCCAGCCAUCGCCACUGGGGGUGGUGGCGGUCCCUGCAGCAGCUCCCAGACCCAGCACUUCCCACCGGCUGCGGCCCCGGCCACCAGGACCAAGCCCCAGACGCCCCCCCAUAUGACGGAGGUGGCCACCAUCGCCCCUGUGCGGGGGCCGCUCAGCCUCUCAGAGGGUGAUGGGGUCCCAAGGCAAGGCCACAGUGAGGGGCUCCCUGCCAAGAGCCCGGGUAGGUCUCCUGACUUGGCUUCACACGCCAGCCGGCCCCCAGAGGACUUGAGCCGAGGAAGCAGCUUGAAGAGCACGCCGGCGUCCCCCGAGCCCGGUGGGGACCAGCAGACGGUGUGGUAUGAGUACGGCUGUGUGUGACUCAUCUGGACCAGCAGCUCCUGAACCUUCUAGUUACGAUGGCCUUUUCUUCUGUCUGCCUGUGGUGCCGGGAAAGGGUUUUAGAAUGCGGACAGGGUUCCUGGGCAUCUCUCCUGCUUGUUCUGUUAAAACACUGUGCCAAGCCCUAAGAGGAUUACACUCCCAGGUGUGUGUGUGUGUGUGUGUGUGUCUUAUGAAUCUGUAGCCUCCAGCAACGGGUAUCUUUUGGACAAAUCCACUUCCGCAUGGGGACACUCAGAAUACAGUGACAAAACUGACUACAGACACGACACUAUUUGAAUACGUCCCAGCAGAACACUCAUUUGCAACUUGUUGACCUCUCUUAAAGCAUGCGUGUGUGUAUGUGUGUGUGUGUGUGUGUGUGUGCAGACACAGGUUCACGUGGCCAAGCCCUAGUGGCUCUGGAAACUCCAUGCCCUCUUCCUAAAAGCCAUGUGAUCCUUGGAGAAGUCCAGACUGGCCAAACUACAAAGAGCUUGAGGACCUUGGGUAGACCCCACAAUUAGGAUCGCUGCUGAAAACCAGGAGUGUGGCCACGUUGUUCCUGGGGUCCCAAGCAAUUCCCUUUUACCCCAGGGCCAAGGUCGCCUUCCAGGCAGGUGGCUGGUGGCCUUGGGCUUUGGCCACCUGCCGGCAGCCGGCUCCUGAGCUCUGCAGGGUGGGCUCUGGGGACCACGUGGAGACCCGCCUUCCCUGGCUCACUCUUCUACAAACACUGGGUGUGCUGGGUCUGGGGGCUGGGCCAGAGAGAGGCGCCUGCCUCGGCCCCCUCCCAGCAAGGAUACGUCGUGCACAGAGGGGGAGUGCGUGCAGGAGUGGGCUGCAGCCUCUCCACGCCCCUGAUCUCAGAUGAGAUUUGAUUAAUUCCUUCUGAAUAACUUCUUGUGGUAGAAACCAAAUUUCAUUUAAUAUAUAUGUACACACGCCUGUGAAAUAUAUGUACUUUGAGGGGGAUCUAUUUAUGUUCCUUUGGGAGUCUUUCUUUCCUGUCAGGAGUCUGACCUGCUGCUUGGUGUAUUCAGUCAGAUUCCUGACAACGUUUUGUUUUCUGUUUAGCAAAGGUGCUCUUUCUGGGAUGUACUAAACCUGGUGAUUAUUUUUUUUAAGGAUUUUUUUCUUUGGAUUUAAUAUACUGAGAAAAAAAUGGGACUGUUAACAAGAUCAGUUGUAAGAGUGCUUUGGGUUGUGGAUUAAAUAGCCGUUCGUUCUGGAACACAAGGACAGGAUGGUAAUAAAGUGAAACGGCAGAGAA